AUGUCCCGCCUGCUGCAUGCAGAAGAGUGGGCUGAAGUGAAGGAGUUGGGGAACCACCAUCGCCAUCCCCAACCGCACCAUCUCUCGCCGCCGCCUCAGCCACCUGCAGCCCUGCAGGCCAGAGAGCACUCGAUCUACCCAACCGAGCUGUCCCUCCUGAACAGCACCGACCCACGCGCCUGGCUGGCUCCCACUUUGCAGGGCAUCUGCACGACCCGCGCAGCCCAGUACCUGCUGCAUUCCCCGGACUUGGGUGCCUCUGAGGCCGCGGUGCCACGGGACGAGGCGGAUGCCCGCGGGGAGCUGGCCAGGAGGAGCGGAGGUGGCAGCAGCAAGAGCCCGGGACCCGUGAAGGUGCGGGAACAGCUGUGCAAGCUGAAAGGCGGGGUGGUGGUGGAGGAGCUGGGCUGCAGCCGCCAACGGGCCCCUUCCAGUAAGCAGGUGAAUGGGGUGCAGAAGCAGCGACGGCUGGCGGCAAACGCCAGGGAGCGGCGCAGGAUGCACGGGCUGAACCACGCCUUCGACCAGCUGCGCAACGUUAUCCCGUCUUUCAACAACGACAAGAAGCUGUCCAAGUACGAAACCCUGCAAAUGGCCCAGAUCUACAUCAAUGCCCUGUCCGAGCUGCUGCAGACGCCCAAUGGCGGGGAGCAAACGGCGCCGCCGCCACCUCCGCCUCCGGCAUCUUGCAAAAGUGACCACCACCACCUGCGUGCCGGCGCCUCCUACGAGAGCGGCGUGGGUCCAGCCACUGCGGCUGGGGUGCCCCCGGGCUCCGGAGGGGGUCCACGACCGACCCCGCCUGGGAGCUGCCGGACUCGCUUCUCUAGCCAGGCGUCAGCAGGCGGGUACACGGUUCAGCUGGACGCUCUGCACUUCUCUGCUUUCGAGGACAGUGCGUUAACGGCGAUGAUGGCGCAAAAGAAUUUGUCGCCCUCACUGCCCGGCGGCAUCCUACCAGCUGUGGCAGAGGAAAGUAGCAAAACCUCGCCCCGCUCCCACAGAAGCGACGGCGAGUUUUCCCCCCAUUCCCAUUACAGUGACUCGGAUGAGGCGAGUUAG